AUUUGAGAAAAGUGGACAAUGUCGACAAUUAAAACCAAUUUACCACAGAUAUUUUUAUGUAAAAUGUAUCGGCAAUAACGAGGUUUGACCAUUGGGGCGCUGUACGUAGCGUAAAACUGUAUUGCAAGUCUUUCCGGAUGAAGAAACCGCGCGCUUAUUUAGACUGCAGGAGGAGGAGAGUUUGAAAGUUUGCACGGAGACGAAAAUGCCAGGAGUUCAGGUGCUUAAUCACAAUGAUUGUCAAAGCACAAUUUCGGAAUAGGAAGAAAUUCAUAAAAAUCUCAGAGGCGUGCUUUGAUUUAUUUCUAGCAGAGGUGAAAGAGAAGUUCUCAAUUCCAGACGAGCUUGCUGUUACAGUUACAGAUGAAACUGGUACAGAGGUGGAUAAAGAUGUGUUUCCUGAUCUAAUGUCCACCAGUGGGUUGGUUUUAGUCAUAAAUGAGUUGACUGACAUGGGAUCUUCCACACCUCAGUCUUCAGUAAGCUUGGAUACAGAUACACUGUCUCUAACUUCAAAAAGCAGUGAAGAGAGUGACUGGUUUAGUCCAAAACGAUUCAGAAAGGAUGAAGAUGAUGAUGUGGCAUCACAACGAGCACAGGCCAGAGAUCUGAUAAAACAAAUUCUACAGACAAGACCAGGUGGAGGAAAUGUGCUUAAGGAGUAUGAAGAUACAGGCACAAUUAGUGAUGACACAAGGAAAGUGAUGGUGAACAUCUUAGUUGCACACAUGAUGGAGACAGAAGGAAGGGUCCCACAUCGACUUACCAAACAGAAGAUGAAGGCAACGUUUGAAUACAGACAGCGCCUUGUCCAUGAUCCAGAGGGAUCCACCACCAUUCUCUCUGUUUUUCCUCGGUUCCUGGACACUAAAGGAUUGAUUCUUCAGGACUUCACACUCCUCUUUGGGUCAGAAACUGCUUCCAGACUUUUGGAAAGGUGGCCGACAGUUUUCAAAGCAAAGGUUAUCAGACUAGGAGAAACCUUGACUCCCACUCCACUGCUGAAAAGAUUACUGUCAUCUGCCAAACAGAGCAAAGAAAGCAGCGAGGCACAGGAUUCCCCAGAGUGGGACAGUGAUGUAUCAUCCUUCCUUCUACUUUUGCAUCUCCUAUCACCCCAGGCUUCAGGAAGAAAGAAAAUCCAAAGGAUCAGUAUUUGCAAGGCUAUUGACCAUCUGGUGGUGUUUCACAAAGCAUGCAGGAGCAUACAGGAACACCUUGAGCUGGAAGAGAAUCGUCAGCCAUACAUUCUUGCCUCAGGGAGGAGCAAGGAAGCCAUCAGUCACUACUUCAUUGUGGUGGAUAAAAAGCUCAUCCCCUGUCAAGAAUCCUCUUCACUGGCUGCCAUUGAUGAACUCUUCAAGAUUCAUUUUGUUUUCAGUCUCAGUUAUGAUAGCCAUUGCCUAUCACUGGGAGUCAUGUACUAUCAGGGGUAUUGAGUCUGGGCCUGUUUCAAAUGAGCUGUUGUCUGACCUUGAAAACUCUGAUUUUAUUUCAGAGCAACUCCAGAUUGAUAUCUCUAGCGAGGUAAUGGUCACACCGUGGGUAAAGUGUCAAGGUACUGAGUAUCGCAGUGAUCUUGUUGUUUUCUUAGAGUUUGUUGAUGAUGCACCUGUUUUUGGAAAGAUUGCUAAAAUUUUUAUUAAGGAUGGAAUUUAUAUUUUGGUAUCGUGUAUGGAAUCAGAGUUUAUUGAACACCUUCAUGCUUUCAGUGUUGUUGAACAAGAGCAUUGUCUUGUACUCAAAAAACCUGAGGAAUUGAUGUACUACAAGCCAUUUGAUUUACAAAUGUCCUAUGGCAAUGACCAUCUUUUUUACAUUGUCGUGAACUGUUAUUUGUAAUAAUUUCAUGGCAUUUAUGGUUUCUUGCUCUGUGCUGAAAUAAAGUUUUGAAACCUUGA